AGAUCAAGAGAAUACAUGCAAGUAUAAGCUUAAUGAAGUUGUACGACUAUGAAUAUGGACUUUUUCAGAAGAGAUGUGCUCUCACUAGUCAAAAUAUUACAAAUGGAGAAAGUUUUAUCACUUUGGCAGAGUGAGCAGAAGAUCUCCAUUGCUGCAAUGUGAUGAAAUAGUUUCCUUAAGGGACCUUGAUAUAAACCAUCUGGUUUCUUACGCACAGUAACAUCAACAAUUUUAGUUGCGUUCUUAUUCAUGUAAACCUUCGAGUACAGACAGCAUCGUGUGAAUACCUUGAGAUAUUGCCAUAGUUCAGGUAGAAAACAUUGGAUGCCAUGAUGCUACUGGUCAUUAUACUUCUUUUGGAUCAAAGUUUGGCGGCUCACAGAGGUUUGGACAAUGAAACAUGUAUGAUUGAAGUCUCCAAGCUGCAAAAGCAAUUACAACAUUUACAGGCUCAGUUCCUACUUGGAACAUGGCGACUAAAGCAUUUGAAGGAAAACAAUAUCUACUGGACAAAGAAAAACACAACAACAGAAAAGAAUGAAGAACAGACCACAUUACAACCAAAUACUUCACAUCAGUUUGCAUAUCACCAUGAUUGUUCAGAUAUUUACAACAGUGGUGAAACCACAAGUGGGUAUUACCAAAUCAAGCCAAAAUCUAUUGCUGAACCAUUUCUUGCAUACUGUGACAUGUCAGAUGGUGGAGGAUGGACAGUUAUUCAACGUCGCAGUAAUGGCAAAGUGAAUUUUAACAGAGGCUGGGAUGACUAUAAAUCAGGCUUCGGAUUAUUUCAAAGAAGGAAAGAUGAAUAUUGGCUUGGAAAUGAAAAGAUACAUCAAAUUCUGGCUGCAGGAAAGUAUUUAUUAAAGUUUGACCUCAUAGACUGGAAUGGAGAUAAGAGAUACGCUACCUAUGAAAAGUUUAACGUCUCGGACGAAAUGGAUAAAUACAGGCUAACAUUUGGAGCUUAUAGUGGGAACGCAGGAGAUGCAUUGUCUGGUGGCCUGGUCCCAGAGAUUCAGUGGUCAGUUUCUCACAAUGGGAUGCAGUUCAGUACUUCAGACCAGGACAAUGACAGAUACCUACUUGGGAGUUGUUCACAAGAAACUAAAUCCGGUUGGUGGUUUAACAGGUGUCAUGCAACCAACCUUAAUGGAAAAUACUAUCGACACGGCAACUACACUGGAAAGUAUGAUAAAGGAAUUAUCUGGUUCACCUGGACAGGCUGGUGGCACUCUUUGAAAUUCACAGUCAUGAAAAUCAGGCCACUCUACUUCUUUCCAAGUGCUGGAAGUGGAGAUUAUGAGAGCAAAAUGGGGUAACAUUCAUUUGAUGAACAGUUACACCUUUAAUACCAAAUGUCAGGUUGCUUUUACCCAAAGCAGAUAGAAAUAUUUUGGAGUUCAACUUUUGUAUUUUGUACAUUAAUUCAUUGUUAAGUGGGUCAUUCUAAAUUAUGUGACAAUUUAAGAAUUGUAAUGACAAAAUGUCAAGCCCUGUCAGCCAUUUUAAUUAGCAGAAUUACCAAUCUGCAGAUAUCACGUAAAUAAUGACAAAAUGAAGGCUAGGGAAGGGAUAUUUAACUUGCAGGAGGCCAAGAUAUUUGAAAGAUCCAACGUCUGAUUUAAUAUACAGCUGAGCCUGUAAAUAGCUGAGCGGUUCUGGUCUCCUGAAAUUAGUGAAAGCUAAAUAUGGAAAUCAAAGUUUACUCUGGUUAUGUAAAACGUAGAAAAUAGGUGCAGGAGUAGGCCAUUCAGCCCUUCUAGUCUGCACUACCAUUCAAUAUGAUCAUGGUUGAUCUUGCAAUUUCAAUAUCUCAUUCUCUCUAUGCCCCUUGAUCCCUUUAGCCACAAGGGCCACAUCAUUUUCUCUGAUGAAGGGUCUAGGCCCAGAACGUCAGCCUUCCUGCACCUGAGAUAUUGCUUUGCCGGCUGUGUUCAUUCAGCUCUACACUUAGUUAUAAGGGCCACAUCCAGCUUCCUCUUGAAUAUCUCUAUCAAACUGAUAUCAACAGCUUUCUGUGGGAGUGAACUGCCUCAGGCCCAUCAGAGAAAUGAGCUCGAAACGCCUAACUUUCUUUUGUACAUCACGGAAAGCAUUGCCUUUGAACCUCCCCCCACAGGGCUGACCUACCAUCCAGCUCCUAAUAAGAUUUGGUCGAUUUCCACCAUCCCCAGGCACAACUCAUUGUCAACAUUUAAAUGCAGCCUGAAGCUUACUUAAUACACCUCAGCCUCAUACCAGCAUGGACCAGCCCUUACAUUAGCAACUGUAUGACCAUUCUGGAUAGAAAUGAAGUGUUUUGAUGAGGGUUGUUCUGAGCUUAUAUUCAGAGCUUAAAUUCUGAGCUUAAAUCUUCUCUGAGCUUAUAUUCUGAGCUAAUAUCCUGAUCUUAAGUCUUCUGAAAGAUGUUCAGGAAUAUGUUACCGUACCAUACAGAAUGUGGCAUUUAAAUUCACACUGAGCAACUGUUUAUUGUUUCCUCUUUUUUUUCUUAAAUUAUAUCAUUGGGGUUUAAACUUUUUAUUGAUAUUAUGUCCAAAUGAGCUCUUUCGUUGAAAAUAACUUUUGCUUCAAACUAAAAGAUAAGUACUUCGGUUGCUGGAAAUCUGAAAUACAGGCUCAGAAUGCGGGAUAUGUUCAGUAGGCGUGUUGGCAUCAGUGAAGAGAGAAUUAAGUUUUGAGUGCUUCCAGUUCUGAAGAAGUCAUAUUGGUCUUGAACUGUUAACUCUGUUUCUGUCUUCUUAGAUGCCUCCAGGCAGAGGCAUAUUCUUAGGGUGGCUUAUAAAAUUCUGAGGGGCAAAGAUAAGGUGAAUAGCCAAGGUCUUUUCCCCAGGAUAGUGGAGUCCAAAACUAGAGGGCAUAGGUUUUAAGUUGACAGGGGAAAGAUUUAAAAUGGACUUGAGGGACAACUUUUCCACACAGAGGCUGGUACUUAUUUGGAACAAGCUGCCAGAGGAGGGGAUAGAGGCAGGUACAGUUACAACAUUGAAAAAGCAUUUGGACAGGUACAUGGAUAGGAAAGUUUAGAAGGAUGUGGGCUAAGUUCAGGCAAAUGGGACAGGUUCAGUUUUGGAAACUUGGUUGGCAUGGAUGAGAUGGGCCAAAGGGCUUGUUUCGGUCUUGUUGAUUCCAUGACCUGCUGAGUUUAUCCUGCAUUUUAUCUUUGUGUUUACUUCUAAUUGCCAGAUUUAAUAAACCUUAAAGCAUUGGAAACUCUAAAGCACUGUUUUGAAACUAUUGUGAAUGUACUGGAAUUGACUGAUCAUUUGGGAGUAUCCUCUUGUGGUUGACUAACUGGCUAUGCUUUAACCAAUAUAUUAUAAUGCAAUGCCAGCUUGAAAUAAUGAAAACUCUUGCAAGAUAACAUUGUUUAAAUGAGAAAGUAUUUAUUUUUCUAAAGGCCUGGGAAUUUGACUUUUAUCCCCCAUCCAUGUAUAAUGAUAAAUGGAUGUUAAGUUGUAGAAUGCCAAGAAGAUUAAGAUUACUUCCAAUCCUUCUGGCUUGACCAUAUUUCAGCCUGCAUGCUGAAUUGCUGAAAUAAAUGCUGACAUUUACUUUAAUAAAACUAUGCAAAUGUAAGAGCUUUGACUUUAAUACUAAUCCUGUACAAUUUAAAUAAAGGUGUGUAAAUAAGCAAACUUUAUAGACAAA